GGUUGAUGAUAACCAGUGUAUUCUAAUCGACCAUUUCUGUAAAGUGGUGAAAAUGGCGGAGAAACUUCCUUGGGGAAUGCGAAAUGAGGGCAUAGCGCCUGGGUCCAUGAAGACCAUUUCCCAAAACAAACUAAAGGCUUUCAGCGUUGGACAGAUGAAUCUUGGGAAGAAACUGUCCAAAAGAGCAGAGGAAGAGCAGAAGAAAAAGGCGCAAGAGAAAGAGGCAGCCAAGGUGUUUGAAGAGUUUGUAGCUUCAUUUGAAGAUACAUCCAACCUCGGCAAAACAUUUGUGCGAGGAUCGACAAUAAAUCCAGAAACAAAAGAGGAAAGAUCUGACCAUCAGGCUGGCAAGUUAUACAAACCCUCAUCCAAGAUCUCUGAGUCUGUACUUACUCGUCGGCAGAAAGAGAAGGAAGCCGCAGAAGCCAGGGCAGAAAAAGAAAGAGUGGAGAAGACAGAUUUUUCAAAGAAGAAGAAGGAAAAGGAGAAAUCAAAAAGUAACUUGGAACUUUUCAAGGAGGAACUCAAAGUAUUACAGCAAGCAAGAGAGGAACGUCAUCGUAUGAAAAGAGAAAAGGGACAUCAUGAUAUCGACAGCCAGCGAGAAUCAUCACACUCAUCCUCAUCUGACGUUCGAGUUCCAGUUGGUAUGGAAGAUUAUUCAUACGGUUCUCAUGAUUAUGGAGACCCAACUACAACUAACAUCUUCUUGGGUAGCAUCAACCCAAAGAUGGAUGAAGAGAUGUUGUGUGAUGAGUUUGGUAAGUAUGGUCCACUGGCCAGCGUCAAGAUAAUGUGGCCACGGACAGAUGAGGAAAGAAGCCGCAACCGAAACUGUGGCUUUGUGGCCUUCAUGACACGUAAGGAUGCAGAGAGAGCCAUCAAAGCCUUAAAUGGUGUGGAGAUGAUGAACUACGAGAUGAAGCUUGGUUGGGGUAAGGCAGUGCCAAUCCCGCCCAAUCCUGUCUACAUUCCUAAGGCUAUGCUGGAUCUGACCAUGCCCCCGCCCCCCUCUGGCCUGCCCUUCAAUGCUCAGAACAAGGACAAGAAGACCAGAGUGCCUCAGCCCAGCCAGCUCAGUACGGAAGAGGACCCAGAGCUUUUGAAGACCUUAAAAGACGCAGUUGUAAAAGUGGUAAUCCCGACCGAAAGGCCUCUAUUGUUGGCUAUUCACCGGAUGAUCGAGUUUGUCGUCCGAGAAGGUCCCAUGUUUGAAGCGAUGAUCAUGAACAUGGAAAUGGAGAAUCCUCUCUACAGAUUCCUCUUUGAAAACCAAUCUCCAUCUCACAUCUACUACCGCUGGAAACUCUAUUCCAUCCUUCAGGGAGAUUCCAUUGGUAAAUGGAGGACAGACGAUUUCCGUAUGUUCAAGAAUGGUUCAAUAUGGCGUCCUCCUCCCAUCAACCCAUACACCCAAGGCAUGCCCGAAGAGCUUGCUCCCAAACCAGAACCUGCCAAGAAGGGAACCUUAACAGACAGUCAAAGGGACAGGUUAGAAGACAUGCUGCGGGGUUUAACCCUGGAAAGAUCCAAGAUUGCCGAUGCCAUGGUGUUUUGUCUUGAUCACGCCGAAUCAGCCGAGGAGAUCGUUGAGUGUAUCUCAGAAUCACUGUCCAUCUUGGAGACACCUAUCCAUAAAAAGCUUGGUAGACUCUUCCUAGUCUCAGACAUCCUGUUCAACACCAAUGCCAAAGUGGCUAACGCCUCCUACUUCCGCAAGUACUUUGAGGUCAAACUGCCCAUGAUCAGUGUCAAUCUGAGGGAGGUCCACGUCAAGAUACAGCAGAGACUCAAAGCAGAACAGUUCAAGCAAAAAGUGAUGGCUUGUUUCCGAGCCUGGGAUGAUUGGACCAUCUACCAGAAUGACCUGUUGGUGCGGCUACAGAAUCUCUUCCUAGGUCUGAUGCCUCUGAAUAAAUGUGAUGGUGAAGAAGAGGAUUUGCCUCAGCUGGGCAUUGCAGUUGACAUCCUACCACAAGAAACCUCUGAACUUGAAUCAGCAGACUUAGAUGGUGCCCCCUUAAGGUUCAACGAAAAUGUGGAUGGGGAACCUCUAAACGAAAGCAGCAGUAGCAGGGUGCCUGAUCUUGAUGGGAUACCUUUAAAGGAGGACGAAGGCGGAGACUUGGACGGAAUGCCCUUGGAAGAGGCAGAGGAUUAUGAUGGUGUUCCUCUUAAAGAUGACAUCGAUCUGGAUGGCACACCUAUAGCAGAGCCACCCAAGGAGAAGAAACCAUCUGGAGGAUUCAAGGUUGCUCCUUCUAAGUGGGAGACGGUGGAUGCAUCUGUCUUAGAGGCUCAGGCAAUGACAUCCUCCAAGUGGGAGUGGCUCGAGAAGGAAGAGGAGGAACAGACAGGCAAAGAAAAGGCGGAAGAUCAAGAAAGAGGUCAAGAGGAGGAAGAGAUGGAAGGAGAUUGGCAGGAAGAGAGUCCAGACAGAGAUACAUCAUCUCAAGACAUUCAGCUCAAGACCACCGAGAUGACCGAGGAAAGGAGAGCCAAGCUCCGGGAAAUAGAGGUGAAGGUGAUGAAGUUCCAGGAUGAUCUUGAGGCAGGAAGACGAAGUCGAAAGCACGGUCUGUCUAUCCAAGAGCAAGUAGCCAAGUACAGGGCUAAGCUACUCCAAAAGGAGCAGGAUAAGGAGCUUGAGAAGCAGAGAGAACGAGAGAAGGAACGACAGCGAGAGAAGAAACUGGAACGAGUUCGUGAGUUUGAGCGAGCCCGUGAACGUGAGCGAGAACGACUCAGCCGCGUGUCAGAUGAUUCUGGAGAUGAAACUCCAUCCUCAUCAUCGCGUCGUGAGCGUAAACGUCGGCAUAGUCGCUCAGCAAGCCCCAAACGUACUAGGUCCCCGUCGCGGUCUCCGGUGUCUGAGGGCAGACGGUCCAGCCACAUGGACCGCUCCCCUCUCUCCAUCAUCAGGGAUUACUCUGACUCACCAACCCACAAGUCCCGAUCAGGGUCCCCCAAAAGAUCUUCCUCUCGGCGUCGUUCGCGUUCGCCAAGGAGAACUCACCGAUCGCGCUCACGAUCGCCUCGGCGAUCACGCAGAUCAAGAUCAAAAUCAGGGUCACCGUACAGGUCGCGUAGGUCAAGGUCACGCUCCCCCAGCAGGCAUUCAAGCUCGUCUCACAAGAAGAGAAGAAGAUGAAAAUCGAGUUCUUUUGUACAUAAAUUGUUGCUUUCUUUUGUAGAAAAUUGACGUCAUCAUUGCAUUCUUGUAAAUUCGAUUACAUCAUUCAUAAUUCUGCAUUUAAUUUUUCCCCCAGUUGUUCACAUCAGUGACUCAAAGCCAACAUCUUGGGCUUUUUGUUGCACAUCCAGUUUUACACACUCUGUUUAAAAUAGGGUUCCCACCGUCAUCGAAUAUCCUGGAAAACAUGUUGUCUUGUGAGGGAAAAGUCAGGAAAAUCAAGAUCAUGCAAAGGUUAUUUUGAUUGGCCACUUUUAACGUGAUUAGGGAACGUUAGAGGUGUUUUGUGCUAUCCUAUAGAAAAAGGUAGUGGCUGUGACAGUCUUCCAGUUCAUUUAAAACAACUUUUCUCUUUAAAAUGGCAUUAAAUGUCAUGGAAAUUGUCGCAUGUGAGUCAUGGAAAGUCUUUGAAAUGUUGUAGAAUCUGGUUUUCAGAUUUCUGUGGGAAGCCUGUAAAAAUAAGACCUUCGGCAAACGUACUAAAUACCAAGCACAUUAUGUUUUAACAUCAGAAUUACAGUAAUUGUGUAUUCACUGAAAAUAUCAGUACAUGUAUAAUGAAAUUGCUAUGAACAUAAUCAUAGAAACUUAUCAACUGUGUUAGACUUUUGCCAGUCGAAAUCUCGGUGAAAGUCAUUUUGUUCAUAAGUCAAAAUCUGAAACCUACCAACUGUCAUAAAACUCAUCAUUGUCAGUACACCGGACAUGGCUGAUAUAUCCAUUUCUUUGCAAUUAAGAAAAUUUUGACUUUUUCAUACGAUACAGUGGUCCUUCUAAAAACAAGUUUUGGUUUCAAUUCCUCGUCCUGUUUUUCCCGCGAGAUGUUCAACAACAGUUGCUAAACUUGAAUUACUUUUUAUGUUUGGUAGCUGCAACAAUACACAAUUUUUACAAGAAUAUAAAAUUCAUUUCCCUCGUGUCUAAUGGUGGAAAGAGCAUUUUAUAGCAAAAAAAACCUUGGCGUUGUCUGUUGCUUGACGACUUUAAUACCCAUGUCACAGUCCUGGACGUGAAUCUGGUUUCUGUUACUUGAAUGAUAAAACCUGGAGUGUUGAAGCCAGCAUCAAGGUCUGGGAUUUGUUAAAAGGGACAUUAGCCUGGCGCCAACUUUAGAGUUCAUUUAUGGUCUGAGAACUAUACACUUGUCCUUUUCAUGGGGAGACCAAAGUACAUGUACACGUAGUUUACAGUAGUUUGUAGUGUAAUCUGGCUCCAUUUGUGGUCCCCCACCCUAACCCCUUUGUGUUUCUGUCUCCCCUAGUCAUUUGCCUAUCUGUUUUCUCUUUGUUUCUCUGUAAAUGGUCAGUCUGGCUUCCUGUUGGUCUUUUCGCAAGGCCUUUGUUCUCAUUAAAAAAAAGACCAACAAACCCUUUGAAACACACAACACAAGAAAUCUGUUGAUUAGUUCAACUUUCUGUUACCAUGGUGAUUUACUCUUGCGUUAUGUAUGACUUCAGAAAUGACGUUUUGUUAUCAAAUUGAUCGGUAGUAAUGUAGGCCUGUAUCAUCCUAUUAUGGAACUUUGGGGCAUGUCAAACGCUUUAUAUUUUGCCCGUUCCUUUUAUAACUUGUUUUUCGUUGCCAAUAUUAAAAUCUGGUCUCAAAUUUGAAA